AUGCGUAACCACCGCCACCAGCCAGAUGGCAGUCAGGAAUUAGUUCCCUGCGAGGUCUGCGGAAGACGCUUCGCGGCAGAUGCUCUGGAAAGGCACGGACCGAUAUGUAGAAGACUCUUCAACAAAAAGCGUAAACCUUUCAACUCCUUGAAGCAAAGAUUGCAGGGCACAGACGUGCCUACUGUGCGGGAGGCUCUGCCAUGCAAGUCUCCACCUGUGAAGAAAUAUAGCUGGCGACAACAACACGAAGAAUUCAUUAAUGCCAUUCGAUCGGCAAAGCGGUGCACGUUAGCCAUGAAGGAAGGCCGGCCGCUCCCUCCUCCGCCCCCUCCAUCCGUCAACCCAGAUUACAUCCAGUGCCCGUACUGCAGGAGGCGGUUCAACGAGACCGCGGCGCAGAGGCACAUCAGCUUCUGCAGGGACCAGCCCUCCCGCCGCGUCUUCGACCCCGCGCAGACAGCAGCCAAGCUGGCAUCCAGGACACAGGCUGGGGCUCAGGUGGGCCCCAGAAAAGAGCCAACUGUGACGAGGGCCGUGGGGGCCCUGCUGCAGAACAGGGCAUCCGAGGCCAGUACAGCUCCCGCCAGGAGAGGAUUAGCAAUGGACCCUGCUUCUGGAGCAAAACUCGGACAAGGAUUUACUAAAUCUCCUAAGAAAGAUUAACUCCCAGAGACCAGACUCUCCCUGACACCUCCUGGCCAACGGCUGAGCACCCAGGAGUGCCACCAAGUGGGGUACGCAAGGCUCACGGGCCCACGCUCCUCCAAGGCGUCACCUAGCGCACGUAAAACCGGCUUCCUCUUUUCUCAUUUACACCUUCAAAGUUCCCAAACAAAAUCAUUAAACACCCCAGCAGUCUGUAUGAAAGGCUUGAUUUCAAGA